AUGGAAAAAUUCCGUCUUUUUGCUGAAUUUGUGAUGAUUUGGUGGAAAUUUUGUCAGACUGUUUCGGGCCAAACAGUUUGUUCGGAGUAUCUCGUGUCUGGACUUUAUGGCGUGGAGAACUCUGCGAUUUCCGCUUCAUCUAUAUGGACAUCGAACAGAAAUGUAUGCGGUCCCCAAAACUCCAGGCUACAUUUCAAUGGAACAAGAACUGGCGUAGCCUCGUCUUGGUGUGCGGGCACUCUCGAUGAUCAGCAGCACAUACAGGUUCGAUUACCGCGAGAGACAGUAGUUGGUGCCGUGAUGAUAAAAGGGCGGCAGGAAGAAGAAUUGUAUCAAUAUGUCGAGACAUAUUAUCUCCUAUACAGCAUGGACGGUAUCACGUGGUCUUAUGUGACCUCAGAAAUCCAACAACCAAAGUUGUUCACCGGAAACAAUGGUUCGAACACAGUGGUGAAGUCCAGCCUCGUUCCCAGCAUCACUGCCGUAUAUCUUCGAAUUAAUCCAAGAAGCUUCCAUCAUUACAUAAGUCUUCAGUUUGAUGUCAGUGGCUGUUAUAAAGUCGAGGAGACAGGGCGCCGUUCGGAAUUUUACAGAGUGCCGAUGCUGUCAUCACAAGUGUAUAAACAAAAUAUUAUUUUUGAGACACCGUCAAGUUCCCUCCCGGAAUGCGGUAAGCAAUGUCACAAGGACAAGAGAUGUAUUUCCUUCAGUUUUGACAUGAGCCAGAGAAAUUGUAGUGGAUAUCCAUCAGUACCUGCCAUACACACAGCUUUCUCUGCCGGACUGACACCAUUUUUCGUGAAAAAAGGAAUAUUCACAUCGCUUGGCUACCGUCAAAUCAAGAAAGGAGGCCUUAUUUACAGAGUGAACGAAGUCAGCCUGAACCAGACAAGUGCUUCCGAAAUGUGUAUCCAACAACACUCACAGCUGGUCAGGAUCGACUCCAAGUCCGACAUGUUGAGUCUGCAGACCAUCGUCGCUGGAAACACAAUACUGGCCAAAUACCACUUCCAGUUGUUCGUGUCCGGAAUGUACAUGUCAAACCAAUGGCAGUACAGUGACGGUGAAAUUAUUAACAGCGCCCUCUGGUCUCCUGGCAACCCUGACCCAAGUCAAGGUCACUGUGUCGUGCUGACACGGAAUGGUCUCACAAGUGAGAAGUGUUCGGAGAGACUUUUCUCUCUAUGUGGAUGGUUUUAG